AACCCAUUAAAUCACGAGUUGCCAACUUACCAAUAUCAUGUUCCUCUAUGUAAUGGUGUAUAUAUCUAUCUAUCUAUCUAUUGUCUUAGCCAAAAACUGACCGGGAGAAAAGAUGAGCACAACCACCACCACACCCCUACCUUAUCAUCUCACACCAAAAGACCACUUAAUAGAGAACUCACCAACCUCCAAGCUCUCCCAGAAAAUAAUCUUGAAUCUCUUGAACACCAAAUGCAGUACUUCACUUCAACAUCUCAAGCAAGCCCAUGAUUUGAUUCUGAGGACUGGACACUUCCAAGACCAUUUCAUUGCAGGGUCCUUAGUGAAGUGCUAUGCAAAUCCUCAUUUUGGCACAUUGGACUGUUCCAUUAAAGUCUUUGACCAAGUGCUGAAACCAAAUGUUUUUGUAUGCAAUUCUGUGAUCAAAGGAUGUCUUGAAAACAAUGAGCCAUGUAAGGCCAUCUCUUUUUAUUAUGAGAUGGUGGUUGUGAAUUCUAGGCCUAACAAGUACACAUACCCUACACUGUUCAAGGCUUGCACCGCGGCGCGAGCUGUUGAAGAAGCAGUGCAAAUCCAUGCUCAUGUGGUGAAACAUGGACUUGGAGGAGACGGGCACAUAAAAAGUGCAGGAAUUCAGAUGUAUGCGUCGUUUGGGCGCCUCACAGAGGCACUGAGUAUGCUCAAUGAUGAGGGUGAGGAAUCUGAUGUUGUGUGUUGGAAUGCUAUGAUUGAUGGGUACAUGAAAUGUGGAGAUGUUGAAGCUGCUAAAGAGUUGUUUGAUGGUAUGUUAAAGAGGAAUGUUGGCACUUGGAAUGUAAUGAUCACUGGUUUCGCUAGAUGUGGGAUGCUUGAGGAGGCAAGAAAGGUUUUCGAUAAAAUGCCCGAGAAGGAUGAUAUAUCUUGGAGUGCAAUUGUUGAUGGUUAUAACAAAGGAGGGUAUUUCAAGGAGGCGUUGGAAAUUUUCCAUGAAAUGCAGAGAGAAAAGGUUAGGCCAAGAAAAUAUGUUCUUUCGAGUUUGCUAGCCGCGUGUGCUAAUGUGGGAGCCCUUGAUCAGGGUAGAUGGAUACAUACUUAUAUGGAAAGGAAUUUCAUUCCAAUAGACGCAGUGUUAGGGACUUCCUUGGUUGAUAUGUAUGCCAAAUGCGGGCGUCUGGACUUGGCAUGGAGAGUUUUCGAGAAGAUGAAACAGAAAGAAGUGUUCUCUUGGAAUGCCAUGAUAGGGGGACUUGCUAUGCAUGGCUGCGCAGAGGAUGCACUUGAGCUUUUCUUGAAGAUGCAGGGGGAGAAGAUAAAGCCCAAUGAUAUCACUUUUGUGGGUAUCCUAAAUGCUUGUGCUCAUGCUGGUUUGGUUGACAAGGGUCUAAAGUAUUUGAAUUCUAUGGAGCAAGUGUAUGGGGUUGAGCCUACCGUCGAGCACUAUGGCUGUGUGGUGGACCUGCUAGGCAGGGCAGGGCUUCUAACUGAAGCAGAGGAACUGAUUAGUUCUAUGCCAAUGCAACCCAAUCCUGCAGUAUGGGGAGCACUUUUAGGUGCUUGUAGGAAACAUGGAAAUGUAGUUUUGGGUGAGAAAGUGGGGAAGAUCUUGCUCAAAUUGGAGCCACAAAAUAGUGGGCGUUACGCAUUGUUAUCAAACAUCUAUGCCAAGGCGAGGAGAUGGGAUGAUGUUGCGAGUUUGAGAAAAUCAAUGAAGGAAAGAGGGAUUAAAACGACUGCAGGAGGUAGCAUGAUUGAAUUGGAUGGAACCAUCCAUGAAUUCAAAAUAGGCGAUGGCUCACACCCACAAGCAAAAGAAAUCUACUUGAUGUUGAAAAGGGUCAUUGAGAAGCUGCAAAUGGAGGGUUAUUCACCAAAUACCUCUCAAGUUCUGUUUGGCAUAGAUGAGGAGGAAAAGGAAACUGCACUUGGGCACCAUAGUGAAAAGCUUGCCAUUGCCUUUGGGCUUCUCAACACAAUGCCAGGAACAACCAUCCGCAUUGUUAAGAAUCUAAGGGUAUGUGAGGACUGCCACUCUGCCACUAAGCUCAUUUCACGAGUAUAUAACCGGGAGAUAAUUGUGAGAGAUCGCAUACGCUAUCAUCACUUUAAGGAUGGAACUUGUUCGUGCAAGGAUUUCUGGUAAUAUAAGGGAUUGCAGAACUGACAGAAGCAAUAUGCUCCUCUGAUCUUAGGAAAAAAUAUUAUAUCAUGUGUUUCGGUUCUGUACAAUAUAUAUAUUAGAGUCUAAAACAGAUCAGAUCAAAUUACAGGAAGGAGAUUGCCAAAUAUAAACAUCAGAUUUGUAAUUUAUAUGUUGAGUUACUUGAGUAGUUUUUUCAGAACAACCUUAUCACUGCCACUUGAAUGUUGCACCAUAUACUGGUACAUUUGGAACUGCUCGGCUGUGAGAUACAAAAAUCUUUCCUUAGUAACAUUUUUACUUUGCUUUG